AUGUCGACUACCGCUUCCGUGAGAGUAUCACCGCUUGCUUAUAAGAAGCUAAUCCUGCACACAGCAAAGUAUCCCACCGCACGUGUACUCGGCUUUCUCGUCGCCGAAUCCACCUCUUCGCAAAGCAUCGACAUUGUUGACUCGAUCCCACUCUCGCAUCACUGGACAGCUCUCGCACCAAUGGCAGAAGUAGCCCUCGCCCUCGCUUCAUCGUAUGCCUCGUCAAAAAACCUUGCGAUUGUUGGCCUAUACGAAGCACCCGAGCUCAUUGCUGAACGAGACCCUUCUGCACAGGCGAGCAAGCUUGCGGAGAAGAUCGCCAGUCUCUCGAACAAGGCGGAAGCGCUACUCUUGCUGGUCAAUAAUGCGACGCUGCUCAAGCCUGAUCAUCACUCUUUGAGCGGCUACUCAGUGGCAGCGACAAGCGGCAAGGGUGAGGCAAAACCGAAGGCGCUACCUGGAUCGGCUGUAGCGUUGCAAGACCCGAGAAAGGCGGCAGAGCUCGAAAGUGCGGUGCGAAACGACAGCACGUGGGACAAGAUUGUUGAUUUUGACGACCAUCUCGAAGAUCCUUCGCUCGACUGGCUGCAUAACCCAGCGAUCACAGUAUAG